AUGGCCACACUACGAGAGUCUUCCAUAUUGCAAUCAGAUCCAGACUCCGAUUCAGAUGGUUCAGACGAGCUGCGCUCGUCGUCAUCCUUGAACGAGUCGCUGGAUGCGCAACACAUUGCAGAUGACGCCAAAACCGAGGCCAAGGUACCCUUAUCGACGUCGAUGAUGUUGGAGAAACUACCCCCUGAACACCAGCGACUACUAGAUAGGACUCUCCGUUCUAGAAACGAAGAUACCAACGAAAAGAGCAAUGCGUCAUGGGACAAGGGGCACUCGCACCUCGACUCCGCUGCUGUUGCUGCUACACGACCGGUUCAAGAAAUUCAAGAAAUCACCAAGAUCAGUAUACGACUCCAGCCGAUUGGGUCAACGAGGGCGAUAUUGCCCAAGGUGUUUAAAAUCUUGUCGACGCAGUCCGUAUCCACGGUCAAUAGGUUCUUGUGCCGGAAAUUAAGGUCAAAGGAGCCGUUUCAUUUGUAUAUACACAACUCGUUUCUGCCGCUUCCUGACGAGAAGGUGGGCGACUUGUAUAACAUGUUCAAGACCAACAACGAGCUCAUCAUCAGCUACUGCAACACUCUAGCGUUCGGGUGA